GCUGAGCUUGCCUAUAGGGCAGGUACUCUUGUGGAGUGAUUCCACUACAGUAUUGACCUGGCUGAAAUCCGAAUCCUGUCGGUAUAAAGUGUUUGUAGGCACCAGAGUAGCGGAAAUACAGAACUUAACCAAUUUAGACAACUGGAAUUACAUAACAACCAAAGAUAAUCCAGCUGAUGACAUUACCCGGGGAAAGACCCUAAAGGAGCUUAGUGAGUUAAACAGAUGGAGGAAUGGACCUUCCUUUCUCAAACAGAAUAUUAACGAAUGGCCAUGUUCCUUGAUUACCGGCCCACCUGAGGACUCCACCGAAAUGAGGAAUGUCACCUUUUGUGGAAGUCUUGUAAUGGAGCAGCACACUAGACUUCCAGAUCCCAGUUUUUUCCAGUCUUGGAAUGAUUUAGUUAAGGCUACCAUCCAGGAUCUUCAUGGGGCGGCUGAUGGGAAUUCAAGUGCUUAUUCCUCAGCAGAAACCUGGAGGGAGACGGAAGUUGAACUCCUAAGAAGAGCUCAACAGAGCAAUUUCCCUGUAGAAGUCAAGAAUCUUCAAUCAGGAGUGGAAAUACCUCUAAGCAGUCGCUUGAGGACAUUAUCACCAGAAUUCGACCAUACAUUGGGUCUCAUUCGAGUUGGUGGCCGACUAAGAAGAAUAGAGGGUUUUAAUGAGGAAGGCAUCCAUCCUAUUGUACUGGACCCAAGUCACCCAAUAACUAAACUGCUCAUUCAGAACUAUGAUGAAAAACUUUUGCACCCAGGCCCAGAGCGGGUGUUUGCGGAGGUAAGACGAAAAUAUUGGAUAUUAAGGGGUCGCGAGGCUAUCAGACGACAUCAGCACCAAUGUAGGGAAUGCCAGCGUUGGCGUGCUACCACUCAGGCUCCAAAGAUGGCGGAUCUACCUCCAGCACGACUACGGCUAUUUAAGCCACCCUUUUGGUCCACAGGGGUUGAUUGCUUUGGUCCCUUUACGGUGAAAAUUGGGCGGAGGACGGAAAAACGUUGGGGAAUUAUAUUCAAAUGUAUGACUACUCGUUGUGUUCAUUUAGAUUUAAUUGAAAAUUUAGACACUGAUGCAUUUCUCAUGGCUUUCCGUCGGUUUGUGUCAAGAAGAGGCCAGCCUGCUGAACUUCUGUCUGACAGAGGUACAAAUUUUCGAGGAGGAGAAGCUGAGUUAAAGGAAGCUAUUACUGCCAUGGCACCUUCCUUGCAGGAGCAACUUGCUAAGCAACAAGUGAAAUUUCAGUUCAACCCACCAAGUAGUCCACAUUUUGGAGGGACCUGGGAACGGGAAAUCAGAUGUGGCAGAUCCUGACCCAAUAACACCGAAUCUGUUGCUCAUGGGGCGGCGAGAUGCUUCACUACCACAGGUAGUUUACCCUCCAGAUGAUUUGCUGGGACGACGGCGAUGGCGUCACAGUCAGAUUUUAGCUGAUCACUUCUGGAGUAAUUUUGUCAAGAAUUACUUACCUGGUCUACAGCUCCGUCAGAAAUGGCAGACUGAAUGUGAUGAGUUGAAGGUUGGAGAGGUAGUCAUG